AUGGCCAUGUUUGAUUAUACGAAUUUCGACCACGUCUUCGGGUCACAACAGUUCCCGUACGACCGCAAAUCGAUUCAAGAAGUCGAGACCUUUCGCAAAAGCUUUAAUGGCGCCCUCUUCAUAGAUCGUGUCUUGAAGGCCCUCGGUCUCACAAAGGCCAAGACCUACCCUCCCAAGACCGAAAACGCCCUUCGUUCUCUUCACCAGCAGCUCUGCGAUGCUACCAUGUCGACGCACCAUCGCCUUUCCAUCUUUUACUAUAUCCUCCUCGACUUUGACACGAACCAGAGCAGAGCACAGCCGUCAUCCAAGUUUGCCAUUGCUUCAGGCGUACCUAAGAGCUAUCAGAUCUUCAUGAAGGGCCUGUGGCUGCUGGACCACCAGCAAUUCGAGAAAGCACUCGAGUACAUCGCGCACCCUUCACUUACUACCGAUUUUGCCGACGAAAUCAUGACUGUGCUUGUGCAACAUGCCCCCGAGGGCGACUACACCCUACCCCUCUCCUACUUCCAUACGGUGCAGCCAAUUCUCAAGACCCCCGAAGCGCUCGAACUCCUUUUCAACGCCAUGGCGGGAACGAGUGUUACCGAGGCAUUCUACUACUCAAGAACACACUCCGAAUCUGUCAGAGGACAGCUCUUCCGCCAGUUGAUUGCAUCGGUGCUGGGUGCCGCUCCCAGUCAAGAGACCGCUGCCCGGGCAACCGAGCUGAUCGGCCUUCCACUUGACACGGUUGAGGAGUCAUGGUUCGAAGAGUUUCUUACUCAAGAGGAGGGCAAGAAACUCAGGGUUGCAAAGGACACUCUCCUUAUGCGCAAGCUCGUUACGGGCCGAUACAGCGAAGCCGUUCAGGAUAAGAGCCUAGGAAACAGGCACGUGGCUACUGGCUCAAAAUCGCCUACAAAGCUUCGAAACUCUACGUCAGUUGGCCCCGAUGGCGUACUGAUCAUGUCUCCUUCUCGCCGAGACUCUGAUGGAAGGACGGAUCCUCAUGGGGGCCAGACACGGUUCGUUGGCGACCUUAACCCAGAAGGAAUGUUUGCGGAGGCUGCAGACUCGGAUUCUGCAGCCAAUCCAACUCACAAAGCCGAAGUUGGUGUCUGGCUUUCUUCCGGCAACACGGCUUCCGGCCAAGCCUCGAGCAGCGUGGUUUCUCGCCCGGCGGCCAUGAUUGACCAGGUCCUGCUUCCUUUUGUCCAGCAGAAUUGUCUCACCUGCGUGCCACCCGAGAAAGACUUUAAGCAUCUCCACAGGGUCUAUCGAGAAAAGAUUCACCCCAUUUUUGCUCUUGUCCCCGAGUAUGUCUUGAUGGAAGGCGACUCACCCUCGGCAAUUGUUAUGCGACAGGUCGUUUCUUUGGCUGCUGCGUCUGAUCCUGACAUGAAGAACCACCUUCGACUUGCGAACCACGGAAACAAAAAAUUGUCGUACCAAGAUUUCCACCAGCACCUAUCCGGUUCCGUGCGAACCAUUCUUGAGACGAGUUUGAUUUCAGACCGGACGAUUCACAUUCGCGCCCUGUGCAUGCUAUCCCUCUAUAUCCAACCUUCGGGGGCCGAUGAGGCAGAUUUGCCAGCGCAACUAGGCGCCAGGGCAGUGCAUCAUUGCCAAACACUCGGCUUGCAGCUGUUCCACACCAGUGACGAUACGUUGGAUACCUUAUUUUGUGCCGUGUGGGCCGUCGAUCGCAUCAACGCAGCAACGUAUGGGCGUCCGUCUGUCAUCCAUGAGCGGGACAUUGGACCGGGUCUCGAGGACUGCUUCCGUCGACAGGCUCCUUGCUUCCGCCUCUUCCUUUCUGUUGUGCAAUGGUUAGACAAAGUCAUUGAACUAUACAGGCCAGGUGUCAUUGCACAGUCAUUAGAAACGAAACCUUUCAUCGAUCUUCCCGUCCUCGAGCCCAUGAUCCUCGAAGCUGGGGCAUUGCAAGUUCCUACUCCCCUACUCGCCACUAUUGAGAUAUUUUACCAUGCCGUCAUCAUUUUGUCAUGCCGUCUAGCGAGACCCGGCGGUCCAUCGAAUUAUGCGCAGACCAUCCCACCCGCCUCCGCCAACGCCCGUCGCUCCCUCGCCGCUGAGCGUAUAUCAUCAGCCAUCCGCCGCGACCAUCUCUGCCCCGUACCACUUGUGCCUUAUGCACUGUCUCUUGCUCUGAGCGUCGAGUACCGCAAGAUGCGCCAUAGUGCCUUGCCAAUGUUCCGUGCCCGAGCUCGUAACGCCUUCAAGUCUAACUCGGAGCUUAUGAAACGAUUUGGGGACGUCUUCUGGAGUGCUAAAGUGGUGGCUGGUUUGGGUGAACGGAUUCUUAGGGAGAUGGAGCGAGCUGCCACCUCUCUUGCGCAAGGGGCCGUGGUGCCACAGUCUUCCCACGUUGACGUAUCCGCGAACGGGCAAAUUGAGGAGCCUGCUCCCGCAACGCUACAAGAUACAGCAGCUCAAGUUACGGUGCCCCCGUCGACGUCUUCGGAAUUUCGAUCAAUAAACACGGUCGACUUUUCGGUGGUCGACGCAAUGCCGCAUCUAGACGUUUUCGGCCAUUUUGACCCAAGCUUCAACCUGCCAGCGGUCGACAAUGCGCUUGAAGCAAAUCUCGAUAUCGGACUGCCUCUCAAUUGGGGCGAAUGGGACCAGUUGGCUGGUUGA